CCCCCUCAGCGCGGGCCCCUCCGCCGCCCGGCGAGGAUGGUGGGCGUGAAGGUGAUCGCGAACGACACCGAGUUCCAGCCCGAGCUCAGCGCUGCCGGUUCCCGCCUGGCCGUGGUGAAGUUCACCAUGCGGGGAUGUGGCCCUUGUUUAAGGAUAGCCCCAGCUUUCAAUGCUCUGAGUAACAAAUAUCCCCAAGCAACUUUUUUGGAAGUAGAUGUACAUCAAUGCCAGGGAACAGCUGCUACCAAUAAUAUAUCAGCAACACCGACAUUUCUGUUUUUCCGAAACAAAGUGCGAAUCGACCAAUACCAAGGAGCAGAUGCUGUAGGUUUAGAAGAAAAAAUUAAACAGCACUUGGAGAAUGAUCCUGGAAACAGUGAAGAUACAGAUAUCCCAAAAGGAUAUAUGGAUUUAAUGCCAUUUAUCAAUAAAGCUGGCUGUGAAUGUCUUAAUGAGAGUGAUGAGCACGGAUUUGAUAAUUGUUUACGUAAAGACUCUACCUACUUGGAAUCAGACUGUGAUGAGCAGCUGCUUAUUACUGUAGCUUUUAGUCAGCCUGUCAAGCUUUAUUCUAUGAAACUUCAGGGGCCAGAUAAUGGGCAAGGUCCAAAGUACAUAAAAAUCUUUAUCAACCUUCCUCGAUCUAUGGAUUUUGAGGAAGCAGAGAGAAGUGAACCAACUCAAGCCCUGGAGCUGACAGCAGAUGAUAUUAAAGAAGAUGGUAUUGUCCAGCUUCGUUAUGUAAAAUUUCAGAAUGUUAACAGUGUAACUUUGUUUGUCCAAUCCAAUCAUGGUGAUGAAGAGACAACAAGAAUUACAUACUUCACAUUUAUUGGAACUCCAGUCCAAGCAACAAAUAUGAAUGACUUCAAGCGAGUAGUUGGCAAAAAAGGAGAGAGCCACUAGGAUGCGAAAGACACUGGAAGGCCUUAUCGCAAUCAAAGAGAUCUUCACUUUUAUCUACAACUCCUGGAUAAUUGCUUGACCAUAACCAGAGACUGUCAAUCUGUUUCAUUUAAUGCCAUUACCAAUAAAUCAUUGCUUUUGUUGA